AUGGAACCCGAAGAAGAGAGGAUUCGUUACAGCCAGAGAUUGCGUGGUACCAUGCGACGACGUUAUGAAGAUGAUGGCAUUUCAGAUGAUGAAAUUGAAGGGAAAAGAACUUUUGACUUGGAAGAAAAACUUCACACCAACAAAUAUAAUGCAAAUUUUGUUACUUUUAUGGAGGGAAAAGAUUUUAAUGUGGAGUAUAUCCAGCGGGGUGGCUUACGAGACCCUCUGAUUUUCAAGAAUUCCGAUGGGCUUGGAAUAAAGAUGCCAGACCCAGACUUCACUGUGAAUGAUGUCAAAAUGUGUGUGGGGAGUCGUCGCAUGGUGGAUGUCAUGGAUGUGAACACGCAGAAAGGCAUUGAAAUGACGAUGGCCCAGUGGACACGCUACUAUGAGACCCCAGAGGAGGAGCGAGAAAAACUCUAUAAUGUCAUCAGCCUAGAGUUUAGCCACACCAGGCUGGAGAACAUGGUGCAGAGGCCCUCCACGGUGGAUUUCAUUGACUGGGUAGACAACAUGUGGCCAAGGCAUUUGAAGGAAAGUCAGACUGAAUCAACAAACGCCAUCUUGGAGAUGCAGUACCCUAAAGUGCAGAAGUACUGUCUAAUGAGUGUUCGAGGCUGCUAUACUGACUUCCAUGUCGACUUUGGUGGUACCUCUGUCUGGUAUCACAUCCAUCAAGGGGGAAAGGUCUUCUGGCUCAUCCCCCCUACAGCCCACAACCUGGAGCUGUACGAGAAUUGGCUGCUGUCAGGGAAACAGGGAGACAUCUUUCUGGGUGACCGGGUGUCAGAUUGCCAGCGCAUUGAGCUCAAGCAGGGCUAUACCUUCGUCAUUCCCUCCGGCUGGAUUCAUGCUGUGUACACUCCUACAGACACGUUAGUGUUUGGAGGCAAUUUUUUGCACAGUUUCAAUAUCCCCAUGCAGUUAAAAAUAUACAACAUUGAAGAUCGGACACGGGUUCCAAAUAAGUUUCGCUAUCCAUUCUACUAUGAGAUGUGUUGGUAUGUGUUGGAGCGCUACGUGUACUGCAUAACCAACCGCUCCCACCUAACCAAGGAGUUUCAGAAAGAGUCCCUCAGCAUGGAUUUGGAGUUAAAUGGGUUGGAAUCUGGAAAUGGAGAUGAAGAAGCAGUGGAUCGAGAACCCCGGCGCCUGAGCAGUAGGCGUUCUGUCCUCACUAGCCCAGUAAGCAAUGGGGUCAAUCUGGAUUAUGACGGACUGGGCAAAGCCUGCCGAAGUCUUCCAAGUCUGAAGAAAAGCUUGUCUGGAGACUCAUCAUCUGACUCUAGCCGGGGCUCGCACAAUGGCCAAGUGUGGGAUCCCCAAUGUAGUCCCCGGAAGGACAGGCCGGUGCAUCUGACCCAUUUUGAGCUCGAAGGCCUUCGCUGCCUUGUAGACAAGUUGGAGUCUCUGCCACUGCACAAGAAAUGUGUCCCCACAGGCAUAGAAGAUGAAGACGCUCUGAUUGCUGACGUAAAGGUUCUGCUGGAGGAGCUUGCCAACAGCGAUCCCAAGUUAGCCCUCACUGGAGUCCCCAUAGUGCAGUGGCCGAAAAGGGAUAAGCUGAAGUUCCCCGCCCGGCCAAAGGUGCGGGUCCCCACCAUCCCCAUCACCAAGCCUCACACCAUGAAGCCCGCUCCCCGGCUCACCCCUGUGCGGCCAGCCGCGGCCUCCCCCAUCGUGUCCGGAGCCCGGCGGAGGCGAGUGCGGUGCCGGAAGUGCAAAGCCUGUGUGCAGGGAGAAUGUGGCGUGUGCCACUACUGCAGGGACAUGAAGAAGUUCGGAGGGCCUGGCCGGAUGAAGCAGUCCUGUGUCCUCCGGCAGUGCUUGGCACCCAGACUGCCUCACUCAGUCACAUGCUCCCUCUGUGGAGAAGUGGAUCAGAAUGAGGAGACACAGGACUUUGAAAAGAAACUCAUGGAAUGCUGUAUCUGCAAUGAGAUUGUUCAUCCUGGCUGUCUCCAGAUGGAUGGAGAGGGGUUGCUUAACGAGGAAUUGCCAAAUUGCUGGGAGUGUCCCAAGUGCUACCAGGAGGACAGCUCAGAGAAAGCCCAGAAGCGGAAGAUGGAAGAGAGUGACGACGACGCUGUGCAAGCCAAAGUCCUGCGGCCCCUGCGGAGCUGUGACGAGCCCCUCCCCCCCCCGCCUCACUCCCCCACGGCCAUGCUCCAGCUCAUCCACGACCCGGUCUCCCCCCGGGCCAUGGUGACGCGCUCCUCCCCUGGGGCCGGCCCCAGCGACCACCACAGUGCCAGCCGCGAUGAGCGCUUCAAACGGCGGCAGCUGCUGCGGCUACAGGCCACCGAGCGCUCCAUGGUACGGGAAAAGGAGAACAACCCCAGCGGCAAAAAGGAGCUGUCUGAAGUUGAGAAGGCCAAGAUCCGGGGAUCGUACCUCACUGUCACGCUGCAGAGGCCCAGCAAAGAGCUCCACGGGACCUCCAUUGUGCCCAAGCUGCAGGCCAUCACGGCCUCCUCUGCCAACCUCCGCCAUUCCCCCCGCGUGCUGGUGCAGCACUGCCCGGCCCGGCCCCCCCAGCGCGGGGACGAGGAGGGGCUUGGGGGAGAGGAAGAGGAGGAGGAGGAGGAGGAAGAGGACAGUGCAGAGGAGGGGGGUGCGGCCAGGCUGAAUGGCCGGGGCAGUUGGGCUCAGGAUGGAGACGAAAGCUGGAUGCAGCGGGAGGUCUGGAUGUCUGUCUUCCGCUACCUCAGCCGCAGAGAACUUUGUGAAUGUAUGCGAGUGUGCAAGACGUGGUAUAAAUGGUGCUGUGACAAGAGACUUUGGACAAAGAUUGACUUGAGCAGGUGUAAGGCCAUUGUACCCCAGGCGCUCAGCGGCAUCAUCAAGAGGCAGCCCGUGAGCCUGGACCUCAGUUGGACCAACAUCUCCAAAAAACAGCUGACGUGGCUCGUCAACAGGCUGCCAGGACUGAAAGACCUUCUCCUGGCCGGCUGUUCCUGGUCGGCAGUCUCCGCCCUCAGCACCUCCAGCUGCCCCCUCCUCAGGACCCUCGAUCUUCGGUGGGCAGUGGGAAUCAAGGACCCGCAGAUACGGGACCUGCUGACUCCGCCUGCCGAUAAACCAGGUCAGGACAAUCGCAGCAAGCUCCGGAACAUGACUGACUUCCGGCUGGCAGGCCUUGACAUCACAGAUGCCACGCUUCGCCUCAUUAUUCGCCACAUGCCCCUCCUGUCUCGACUCGACCUCAGUCACUGCAGUCACCUGACAGAUCAGUCCUCCAAUCUCCUCACUGCUGUCGGGUCUUCCACUCGUUACUCCCUCACCGAGCUCAAUAUGGCAGGUUGCAAUAAAUUGACAGACCAGACCCUGAUCUACCUACGGCGCAUCGCCAAUGUCACCUUGAUCGACCUUCGAGGAUGCAAGCAGAUCACUCGAAAAGCCUGCGAGCACUUCAUCUCAGACUUGUCCAUCAACAGUCUCUACUGCCUGUCUGACGAGAAGCUGAUACAGAAGAUCAGUUAA